UUCUGUAUUGUCAGGGAAAUUAUGCCUAAGUUCAAUGUCUUCAUCAAGAGUGUUUUUGGACGAAGAGGUUGACCCCACCAAGGAAUACUUGACAUGGUUGACCUUGAACCCUGGUGCAACUUCUUCAGUCAAUCCUGUUGAGGUGGUUAAAGCUGAAACACUCACAAUAAGUGAGAUUGCUGCCUUCAUCAAGCGUGAGCCUGCUAAGGUUGCCUACUUUGACUGCAUUGCCACAAUUGAUGAUGUCAAGCAUGGCACUGAGUGGUAUUACAUUGCUUGCAAGGAUUGCCAGACGAAGCUAAACCGCGGGCCGACAACACUGCUUUGUCCAAAAUGCGGCAAUGAAAAUGCUACUGCAGUAGCCAACUACCGGGUGGAGAUGUCUGUCUAUGAUAAUGAGGAGCAGUGCACGUUCAUCAUUCUUGGAGAUGCUGGGAAAGAGCUCACUGGCAGAAAAGCAACAGAGUUGAUCGACACAUAUGCUGAGUGUUUUAUCGAUGCAAUAGGACAGACUAAGAAAUUCAGGAUCAAGAUGUCGCCCUACAAUUUCACAUCUACACGCCUAUCCUUGACUGCAACCAAAAUUGUCUCAUCAGCAGUUUUGCCCCCAAAGAACCCCCCACUCAACACACCAGCAGGAACUGAAGUGGAAAUCUCAGAUGUAGCUACGAGCAGUGGUGGUGGUACUUCAGCCACUGACGAGUGUUCAUUAUUAGACUAA